AUUUUGCGUCUAAGCAACCUCCUAAGAUAGUCAGCUUCGGCAAUCAUUCCGUCUCUCUCGAAUUUUCUCUACCCACCAUUAGAACUUGGGUUUCCCAAGAAUCAAAGGGGCUGGUACGCUCGAGCUUGAUUUACCAACGUUGUUGGGGUUCGAUGACGUAAGGCAAACCGUUGCCACUUCCAUCCUCCGGCAGAGGUUGUAGCUCGGAACGAUUCUUGAUCUGGGUAUUGUCUUCUACCAACUCUUGCCUUGUUUAACUAACUUAGCUUCGAGUUCUUUUAUGCGUGAUUGGUCGGGCUUAUCUUAUUUGGACCUAUAAGAUUCAGGUACGCCUAUUGGACAACGAGGAGACAGUCACUCUAAGGGGGAGGUUUUGGAGCUUAUGGUUUCUUUUGUCUAUGGCGGUGAAUGAUGUGGGGCUGAUCAAUCAUUAGGGGAGUUCGCAGGGUUGCUGAAGAAAAAGCGGUGAUAUCUACGGUAUCAGUGAGGGCACCAAGAUGGCCGGCGCGGGUCGUCCACUGAUCUCUGUUCAUCCCGACGAGCUCAAUUUCACUUUUGAGCUGGAAAAGCAGAGCUAUUGCGACCUCAAAGUUGUCAACAACACAGAACAGCAUGUUGCAUUUAAGGUUAAAACGACUUCACCUAAAAAGUACUUUGUACGACCAAACACUUGUACAAUACCUCCUCAAGAUGCCUGUCUAAUAAGAGUUACUCUCCAAGCCCAACAAGAAUACCCGCCUGAUAUGCAAUGCAAGGACAAAUUUCUUCUUCAAAGCACCAUAGUGCCUCCUAAUACUGAUGGCAAAGAACUUCCACCUGAUACAUUCAAUAAGGGUGGUGGAAGAUUAGUAGAGGAACGCAAACUCGGAGUUGUUUAUAUUUUUCCCAGCUCACCUCAAGAAAAGUCCGGAGAGGAAGCCUUUAGGGGCUUGAUACAAAGUUCUGAUGAUGACGCGAGUCUGGCUUUGCAGCGGAUGAAGAAUGAGAGAGAUGCUGCUGUUCGGCAAAUACAGUGGUUGCAGAAAGAUCUUGACAUGAUGAAAGCACAAAGAUACCAAAGAAGCGGCCGGGGCUUCUCCUACGUAUCUGCACUCGUGGUGGCUUUCAUCGGCGUAGCGAUUGGAUUCAUGUUAGCCUACCUGUACUCGUCCCCAUCCGCAGAAUGAGUAACUACCGGUGAAAGCUGCAAGAGGCAGGUGGUUGGUUUAGUUCCUUGUAAAAAAAAGAAAAA